AUGAAGAAGCGGCUUGACCGUCGGAAACAGCAGGAUCUCGUGCUUCUGUACGUCCUGAUAUCGUAUCAGUCUUUCUGCCCCGCCGUCACCAGUAGUCACUUUCACAUGCUACUCUAUACGAGGGUUGAAGCCCCCCUCUGGGAGACCCUUGCUCCCGACUUUCUCUGUCACCGAGAGCCUCACUGUGAAGCCUCUACUUUACUUCUCUCCGUUUUCCCCACUUCCACCGCUGUUGAUCUUUCGUGUGCAUACUACUUUGCGUUCUUGAGCCUCCACUGCUGGACUUUGCCUGGCAGCAUCAACCAGUUUUUGAUCUCCUUUCAUUCUGCGCUGUUGAAGGCUCGUCUCAUAGGGCCUAUUCACAACCUCGCCUGCCCAUCUUCCCUGUCGGGAGCUGUCAACAUGGCAUCUUCGCUCCAACGGGCACCGGUCAGGGAGGACAUACAACUAGAGCAACCUAAGCUGGCCUCGGCCGUGAUUUCCAUGUUGCCAACGGUACUACAGUCGCGACUCUCACCUUUGAGAUCCGCACGCAGGAUCCCCGGCAUGGAAAGCUUCGAGUAUAAGACGGGCAUGCGUACCCCGCCACAAUCCGAAAGUACGGGCCAUACACCCUCGAGUUCCGUAUCCGGGUUCGAAGACAUGCCUCUGAGGUCGCCUGCAACUCUGGUUUCCCACACCCCAAUUGAUCAGAUCAGUCUCGCCGGCACCGACUCGAGUCCACCGCCUGCCUAUCCCCGUACGCCGUCUAUGAUCGAGGAGACUGUUGGCCAAAGUACCUUAGAUCCGCCUUCGGGCAUCCAAUGGCGAUAUGCGCAGCAGGGCCUCUAUCUAAUAUCCGUAUCGCAAGAAACAGCCAGACAGCCGAUAGCCCGUUCAGGCGCCGCAUUCGAGCGAAAGACCUUCCUCGACGGUGUCGAAUACAUCAUGAAAGCCCUCCCCGAAGACCUCACCGAACAGGAGCUGGGCCGACUGCGCAGGUCGACGCCCUUUCGUCUCUUCACCGACGCCGAUGAGUCCCUCGGUUCACCACAUGGAUACCCCAGGCCAAGCCCGGAUCAGGGGAGGCAGCCCAAGUCUCUUCUCCACCGCCUGGUACAGACGUUGGUGAUUCAUAUGUUCAUUCUCGCGCACCUGGCGCUGCCGUAUAUUGUUCUUCUCCUUCGCCUGGUCGCGCGGACGGAGCGGGAGUAUAAGAUCUCGGCGAACGUCGUGAGCGCGGGCGUGGGGUUCGCCAAUGCGCUCGGUAGUCAGGGCAUACGGGUGACGGGUACCGUAUGCAGCAUGGGGGACGGAAGAGUCGGACAGGUCCUUGCGGAUGGGGUUACUUGGGUGGUGGAAGGUUUUACGGCGGGCUUGACGGACGGCGUUGCGGAGGGGUUGGCUUUAACGGGAAUGAAGAGGCAAUGACUUGUGGACUUGGGCCUUGCCGUCUCCCUCUCUCUUUUUUUUUUCUCCUUUUUUUUCUCUUUUUUUCUUCUCUUUUUUUUCUUUUCUUAUUCGUGUUGCCGCGGACAGAUUUCGUUUCGUAAUAAUCCGUGGUAGGAUGGACCUUUGGGAUAGCAUGGAGUCUGGAUACCUUAGACAGACAUAAAAACGUACCUCACGAGCAUG